UAAAGUUAUUUUUGUUUUUAACGCAAAUGCAGACGAUUUUGCAACAAAUCGUGUGAAAUGUGAAAUACACAUCAAGUGCAAACCAACCAGCGUGCAUUUGAGCAACAACAAGUGCAGGAGAGCAAGGCGGGGCCCGAGCCAACAUCGCUUAGGGGAGUGGACAAUGGCGGCGGCUGCUGCAGCAGUGCCAGCUGCAAGCGCAACAACAGCAACAACAACAGCAGCGCCAACAACAGCAACACCUGCAAAUGCACCUGCAAUCGCAUCGGGCGCCAGCGCGGCGCAAUUUCGCGAAAUCCAUAAAAAUACGUGGUUGAAAAGACUGACGGCCGAUGGCAAAAAGUUAACCGUGGGCCCCAAGAAAUCGGAAUGCAGCUGGGUAGUUUUCUGCGUUCACGAUGACACCGAUGCCCUGCUGGAGGGAUAUGCUGAGCCGCGGCAGGCGGCCGCUCACAUGCCCGAAUGGGCCGUUUCGCUGCGGGACACCCUGCACAUAUCACACGCUCUCAUACCCAAUUCCCAUGAGUUUGAGUUUGUUGUAACACUAAGCAACGAGGUGUUGCGCUUUCAUGCCGUUUCAUGGGAGAUUAUGCAAGAAUGGGUUGAAACGCUGCGUUCGAAGUUGCGCGAAAUGAAAAUUCUAUCGCCGCGCGAAAACCUAUACACAAAGUUACCUGAAAUGCGCGCACCACUGCUGCCCACACGCGAUCCAACAUCCCCAUUGCCGGCGCCACCGCCCGUUCCAGCAGCGAUGGUGCCGGGUGUGGAACGUAUAACGGCAACCACGCAUCAACAGCAUUCACAGCCAGCCGCAAAUGAUCAGACCACGUCCAGAGCAACUGCAACAGCAACCGCUAUUGCAUCCACAUCAGUCAUAGAAGCUGCGGUGGCGGCCGCAAUAACAGCUACGCCGGCACCGCCACCACCGGCAACGUCCAUGUCGAAUACGUUGACGCAGCACUUGCUCAAUAUGCUCUCCGAUCCGAUUAGCACGUAUAGCGAACAGAUUAGCGAAACAGCAUCACCCACUCUCACCGAAGGGGGGCACGAACCCGACCCGGAGCCGGAGCCCCUUGUAAGUGAAUUGCCCAGCGAAGCUGCAACUGAUUUCAAUCUGUCCGACGAUGAAUUUCUAUCGCCCAUCCUACGCAAUGGGGUGCGCCUUGAUGUUGCCGCUGCAUCGGCGCAGCGCAUAUCUGCGGAUCAAAUUCUGAAUUUUGAACAAAUGGUGCAAUGUGAACGUCUAAUACCAAGACCGCAAACUUCACGUUCCAUGUCCGCUGGCGCCGCCGAUAAGUCAAAAAGGCCACAACGCAAAUCGCCGCAACCUAAAGUCGUCCAAGGCUUAGCGGGCAGUUCAACGGCCAUUGAGGAGACCGGCGACAACAAUAUAACCAUUAUACAGGUCUCGAAUACGGAUACAACUAAUGCGGAAACAAAACCGCCCGAAUUACCGCCCAAAAACAAAAUAGUUGCGGACAUUUUUCGCUUUCCCGAAAUCAGUGUGAAAGCCAAAACGAAAAACCACAAGCCACAACAAAACGACUAUAAAAGUAACGUACAAAUAAUUCCGUCCAAUUCGAAUACGAUACAAGUGCUGAGCCAACCCAGCAGCAGCAGCAAUAUCAGCAAUAGCAAUCCGUAUACCAUUCCAUUGAAACCGAAUGCUUCCAAUACGCCAAGUCAGAAUGCUUCCACAAACACCACAUUGGUCCAGGUGCUGGCUGAUGGCGAGAAGAUGUCACAGCAGCCGACGGCAACCACAGUUGCUGUCUACGGCACCUGCUAUCCAACGGGCAGCGGUGGUGUCGGUGGUGCCAGCAUCAAACCCCUAACGCCCAAGAUGAGCAAAAAGAUCAUACUCAGCGCGAACAGUUCGGGAAUCACAAACAUACGCAUCAACAAUGAGCAGGCGAACGAUGCCAACGUGAUCAGCGGCAAUGUGCACUACGAGAAGGUAUUUCUCUCCUCAAGCAUACCCAUCAGCAGCAGCAACAGCAGCAAUUGCAGUCCCACAGCGGGGCGAGCAGAGCGCGCCACAAGCAGUCAAACUCCUUCCCAGACUCAAGCACAGAUCGUGGAGAGCACAGCGAAUGGCAGUCCGGCUUUGCCACGUCGCGGCAUAGCCAUUGCCUCACCCACACCGCCGUCGAGCAGUGUUCGUGCCCGGCCACAGUUGACGCGUGGCCUGACGGAGCUGGUGAUUAGCACGCGUCCGAGUCGACGUGAUUUUCACUAUCUGAAACUGCUCAAUACGCCACUCAAAACGAAGACAGGUCACAAAACAAGCAGCGCCAAUGCAAACAACAACAUCGAACAGAACGUGGCAACAACCACGCCCAGCUCCGGCUCUAGUUCCAGUAAUGCAAUGCCAGCGCAUGCGCAGCAAGUUGCUGACAACAGCAUUGAGCAGCGCCGGCGCAGCUCAUCAACAUCGGAUGCACAGGCGCCGCUGCAACGUGGUGCAACAGUUCAAGUGGCAACCACACAAGUCAGCAGUCCGCGUGGCGCAAACAACAAUGAGUUUGUUGUGCCGGUUGCUGUGCGCAGUGCAGCAGCGAGCGCUUUUCGCAUGCAAUCCCCGCCCCAGUCACUGGGACAGGCUCAAGCAGCUGCCCAAUCGAACGGCGGUGGCAGCAGCAGCAAGCGCCUGACGCUGCGCGAACAGCAGGUGAUGCAACUGCGUCGCGAGAUCAUGCAUCCGGGUGGUGUGCGCCUAAAUUUGCGACGCAAGGAUUGUGUUGGCUCCAUUGCCUGGGUGGAUGCCUUCGGCGGCGUUUGGAUUGCUGGCUGGAAGCAAAAAGAGCAUCCAGUGCUCUACAAUGCGCUCCACAUUGGUGAUCAGCUGCUCUCCAUCGCGGGCGUUAGCAUUAGCACCGCCGCCGAGGCAAACAAAAUAAUACGCAACACAAACACACUAUUUGUUGAGGUGCUGCUUCGUCGCAUGCCCUUUGGCCGUGCCUAUGCCAUACGCCGGGAUCGGGACGGUCAGUGCUUGGGACUAAUACGGGAUGGCAACACGUCAACCAUUGUGGAUGUGGUACCCAACAGCUUGGCUGCCCGGCAUGGAUUGCCGCCCAAAGCUCAGUCUUGCGAUGGCAGCUCUUUGACUUUUUGGAUACUCACGGAAAUAAAUGGGCGGCCGCUGAAUCUGUUCUUUAAGGAUUUUGAAAUACGCGAUCGCCUGAAUUCGGUGGGCAGGGAUAUAUCGAUAUUGGUGCAACCGUCGGAUUUGAUAACCAAACUGAAGAAGCAACUAAAAUCGUUGCGCGGCUACAAGGAUUAUCUAGUACAGUAAAGUGUCGGCUACAGCCUCAACUUCAAAAGUGGUCGGCUUUAAAUAAGUACACACAUAUAUAAUAUAGAUAUAGAUAUAUAUAUAUCAAUUUAGAAACUCAAAUCUGUUAUACUAUGUUAUACGUGUAUAUUUUUGUAUAACACUGGGCCAGAUAACCAUUCCAUUUUCCGCGUAAAAAUGCAUGUUUACUUAAGCGACCGAAAAGCUAUAUAGUCAUCUUUUAUAUAUGUAGUAACUUUAUUCUUAAUAUACACAUACAUCAUAUACAUGCGAGUAUAAGCGGAAACAUCAUACGACAAAUAUAUAUAAAUAUAUA